AUGCGGCCUUCCCUUGCGGCACCGACACUCGUUCUACUCACCACAUUUGCGCCAUCUACUUUAGCUUUACAGUCUAUCUCCUCAUCGCCAUGUGCGGUACAGUGUGGAAAUGUCCAGGGCAAUACUACUGGAUCGGAUAUCGCAUGUCGUGAUGAUACUUAUGGCGCUCUCCCCGGCUUAAGCUUCGAGACGUGUGUAAAAUGUCAAUUGACGAGCACGUAUGUGGAUCCAGCGACCAAGCAGACAGAUUUGCGGUGGGGUUUAUAUAACUUGAGAUAUGCUGUAAGUUGGUGUUUGUUCGGAUAUCCGAAUAACACCAACGCGGGGAGUACGCCCUGUAAAACUGGCCCUGCUUGUGGUCCGCUUGAAAGUGCAUUCGAAUUCGACUCUCUCUCUCCCGCUGCAGGUACCUAUUCAUUCUGUCCUACCUAUAGCGCGGAUAUCGUUGGCAAAUGCAACCUCUGUCUAGCAAACCAGCAUGACCAAAUCUUUCUUCGUAACUUCGCCACGGUCCUAAAUGCAGCAUGUCAACAACAGCCUACCCCUGGAAAAACAAUCUCCAUCGAAGGCUCUGUCUUCUCAAGCGAUGCAGUAAAUAUCACCAACCCCUCCUCUAUACCCACUUCAUCGUUCAACGGCCCGGCAACUGGUGGCCUAAACCUCGGUUCCAAAAUCGGCAUCGCCGUAGGAGCCAUACUUCUCUUCCUCAUCAUCACCGGAUUCUGCAUCAUCUGGAACGGAAAGCGCCGCCGUCGCCGUAUCCUUCGCCAGAGACAACGCGAGAGCGGGUACAGUGACUGGCGCCAACAGCACCACUUCCAAGACGAUGUCGGCGCCCACCCUCCCCAAGGCACGCCGCAAAUGCAAGAUGGGAGUUCCAGCGCAGGCGGAUUUUUCGACUCCCCGCAAAGCACGCGGCCUCUGAUGCCUUCAAGGCCUUGGGCCACGGGCGCGAGAGAAGAAGAGAGUCCUGUAAGCGCUGUGGGCGAGAAGGCGUAUUUCAGCCCCUAUUCAAGUCAUUAUUCCAGUCCUGUCUCCGCACAUGAUCAGCUACAAAUGUCGGGCAUGGAGUGGCCGAUGGACCGCAAAGGUAGCGCGAGUGGUUAUGGUGGGGGCAAGGGCAAGAUGCCGGAGAAGGUAGAGAGAGAGCCAGAGGGAGAUCAGAUAGAGAUGCAAAAUGUUGCGCCGGUCUUGCUGCAUCCUGGACAUGGACGAGGUGGUUCUGCAGGGUUAGAUGGGGACGAUAGUAGGAGGGGAAAUGCUUUGUGA